AUGCAUUACACCUGCUACAGAAUAUGUGCUCCAGCAGCAGCAGCAGCAGCAAUAGCAGCAGCAGCAAUAGCAGCAGCAGCAGCGGACAUCCAGCCGAAGCAGCCCGCUUGUGCCUCUCCUGCUGCAGAUGCAUGUACGCAGCAGCAGCAGCAGCAGCAGCAGCAGCAGCAGCAGCAGCAGCAGCAGCAGCAGCAGCAGCAGCAGCAGCAGCAGCAGCAGCAGCAGCAGCAGCAGCAGCAGCAGCAGCAGCAGCAGCAGCAGCAGCAGCAGCAGCAGCAGCAGCAGCAGCAGCAGCAGCAGCAGCAGCAGCAGCAGCAGCAGCAGCAGCAGCAGCAGCAGCAGCAGCAGCAGCAGCAGCAGCAGCAGCAGCAGCAGCAGCAGCAGACCCGAAGCAGCCCGUCUGGGCCUUUUCUGCUGCUGCAGAGGCAUGGAUGUUUUUCAAAACUUCUUUGGAGUCUUUUAAUCCGCAAAGAGUUUUCGCCCGCGACAAAAAAGAAGACACAGAAAAGCGCGGGGCUGUGGGGGCCUGGACUACAUACUGCAGACACAAAACGCAAAACUUCAUUCUUUUCUUUCAAUUAA